AUGGCAACAGAUCAGGUGAACAUUCAGGCAGUUGGAGACAAUGAAUGGAGUGAUAUUCAGGCAACAGAGGCAAAGAUAGCUAAUGUAAGGGAAGUAGCACUUGAAACUGAUGGAAACAACUUGGAUAUUCCUAUGCAUGAUGUGAUCUUAGAAGCAGCUGUAGUAAGAGCGGAAGAAAAGGUUAGGGUGGCAGAAGCAAAUGCUGAAGCUAGGAUAAAGGAGGCUGUUCAGAGAGAAUCUGCAGCAACGAAAGAGAAGGAAGAGCUUCUUGCAUAUGUGAAUGUACUAAAAGCCCAACUUCAAAGGCAACACAUUGAUACAACUCAAGUUUUUGAGAAGACAGAGUCAUGCUCAGAUACAAAGCAUGUUGACCCCACAGAAGAGAAUGUGGAUAAAGCAUGCCUGAGUGUUUCUAGAGCUAUCCCGGUUGCAUUUUGA